AUGGGUUUCAAAUCAUGGAUCCAUGACACAAACCUACGGGUUGCCCGUAGCCCCGUGGGGAGAUGGUUUCGCCUCGAGAACUCGGGCCAUCCCAAAGAACGGAAAUGCAGUUUCUUCUUUACAGAACUGCGUGCAGGUCUAGCAACCUUUUUCGCAAUGGCAUAUAUCAUCUCCGUCAACAGUAACAUCACAUCUGAGACAGGCGGAACAUGUAUCUGUCCAGCAGAGAGCAUGGAAGAUCACUGCGCCACGAAUACCGAAUAUCUCCUCUGCGUGCAAGAAGUGAAACGUGACCUGGUAACCGCAACAGCCGCCAUCGCCGCACUCUCUACGUUCUGCAUGGGACUUUUCGCCAAUCUUCCCAUCGCACUUGCGCCCGGUAUGGGACUGAAUGCAUAUUUCGCGUAUACGGUUGUAGGUGUACACGGUGCUGGUAUGAUCCCAUAUCGAGUCGCAUUAACAGCCGUCUUCGUCGAAGGAUGGGUAUUCUUCGGAUUGACGUUGAUUGGUAUGCGACAAUGGCUAGCACGCGCACUUCCAGCAUCGAUAAAACUUGCGACUGGGUGUGGUAUUGGAUUAUAUCUCGCGUUGAUUGGAUUAACGUAUAGUGCCGGUAUUGGAUUAGUGCAAGGUGCAACCGAUACACCCAUCGAAUUGGCAGGAUGUGUGAACGCGCCGCAGUAUCUAGAUCCCGACACGGGUCUUUGUUUGAAUAGCGAGAAGAUGCGAAGCGCGACUAUGUGGGUCGGUAUCUUUUGUGGGGGGGAUUCUGACUGCGCUAUUGAUGAUGUAUCGCGUCAAGGUAUGUUCGACUUCUUCAAGCAGGUCGUGACCUUUCAUCCUAUCAAGCAUUUGCUGGUUGCGCAGGAUUGGGAUAUAUCUGGACACGGAAGCCAGUUCGGACUCGCAUUCAUCACCUUUUUGUAUGUUGAUAUCUUGGAUACAACGGGUACCAUGUACUCGAUGGCUCGGUUUGCCGGUGCGAUUGACGAGCGCACACAAGACUUUGAAGGAAGCGCUGCUGCCUAUAUGGUUGACGCAAUUUCCAUAUCGAUCGGUUCUCUACUUGGAAGUCCACCCGUAACAGCCUUCGUGGAAUCAGGAGCCGGAAUCUCAGAAGGAGGGAAAACAGGCCUCACUUCCUGUAUGACAGGGAUUGCAUUUUUCAUCUCAGUUUUCUUCGCACCGAUAUUUGCUUCGAUUCCGCCUUGGGCAACGGGAUGCACACUCGUAAUUGUGGGCGCUUUGAUGGCUAAGGCAGCGGCAGAUAUUAACUGGCGGUAUUACGGUGAUGCUAUUCCGGCGUUCUUGACGAUUGCGAUUAUGCCAUUCACGUAUAGUAUUGCGUAUGGACUUAUUGCCGGUAUUCUGAGCUAUACUAUACUCAACGGAACGGCUUGGAUUCUUGAAAAGGCUAGUGGCGGUCGCAUUGUUCCUCCUAAUAGGGAUGAGUCGGAUCCGUGGUCGUGGAAGGUUCCUGGGGGUAUGUUUCCGCCGUGGGUGAAGCGUGCUGCUAAGGGUCAGAAGGAUUUUUGGAGAAGGGAUGAAGAGAAUCUCGGGUCUGAUUCACCCGAAUCUCUUGCUUCCGUACAGCAGGAUCAUCUGACCAUCGGAAAGCGUGAGUCAAAUAUAAAUCUAUAG